AUGACAAACGUCUUUGCAGCCGACACUCUCCUCUCCCAGUUGGGUCCUCCCCAAUCAAUCGCUGAUAUCGCUGCUCUGAGCGCCCUAGGUGUUGCAUCGGCAGCAUAUCUCCUCCGGGGCAUCGCCUGGGACAAACCAGAUCCUUACCAUCAUGUCUGGUUUGAACGUAUGGGCUCCAAAAGUGGUUCUUCUUCCUCACGCCCCAAGGCAACUCGUGAUAUAGCCAAGAGACUAGAAGAAACUGGUAAAGAUGUUGUCGUAUUCUGGGGCUCACAAUCUGGCACCGCAGAAACUUUCGCCAACAGGCUCUCAAAAGAAUGUCAUCUUCGCUUCGGUCUCCAGACUUUCUGCGCUGACCUUUGCGAUUAUGAUCCAGAAUCUAUCGUCAAUCUUUCUCAGAGAAAGCUUGCAAUUUUCAUCCUAUCAACAUACGGAGAAGGCGAUCCCAGUGACAACACAGCCGCCUUCUGGGACUGGCUCACCAAGACAUCCAAUAUCCAACUACCCAACUUGAGAUACAUGGCUUUUGGUCUCGGCAACACCAGUUAUAGAUACUACAAUCGUGUUAUCGACGUUGUAGUUCAACAUCUCGACAAAUAUGGUGCCCAGCGGCUCAUGCCUGUUGGUAGAGCCAACGAUGCCCAGGGAGGCACUGAAGAAGACUUUUUGUCCUGGAAAGAUGAUCUUUAUACUCACUUCCAAGAGAACCUUGGUUACCAAGAGCGUGAUAUCCCAUAUGAGCCAAAUAUUCAGCUUAUACAAGAUAAAUCGCUUGAUAUCAUGGAUCUCAACCUCGGAGAGCCUAUCCAAAACCGAAGUGGGCCUGCAAAAGUCGUGAAGCAAUAUUCGCCUAUUCGUCCUCUGGCUAUCCAGUCAUCUCAAGAACUGUACACCUCUCCGGGAAGGCACUGCCUCCACAUGGAGCUCGACAUCUCGGACCAGCCUGAGCUUCGAUACAGAACCGGCGACCAUCUUGCCAUCUACCCCAUCAAUCCCGAUUAUGAAGUCCAGCUUCUUCUCAAGGCUCUUGGUUUGGAAGACCGAGCUGAGAAACCUCUACUUGUCCAGACUCUUGAAGAGGGUGCGUCUACCAAAAUUCCUAGCCCGACGUCAUCGUUAGCUCUAUUCCGCCAUUAUCUUGAGGUAGCGGCUCCUGUGUCUAGAGAGAUUGUCGGACAAUUGGCUAGAUUUGCUCCUUCACUUGGGAGUUCUGAGGUGUUAAAAACUUUGGCCGAGAGUAAGGAAGCGUAUGCUACCUACAUUGCCAGCAAUCACAUCACCAUGGGCCGUCUGUUGCAUCUUGUUGCUCCUGGAGCUGUCUGGGCCAAGCUUCCCCUCUCUUACGUUGUUGAGACAUUACCUUGCAUCCAACCACGUUACUAUUCCAUAUCCUCCUCGAGCUCAGUCUCAGCUCGCAGGCUUUCAAUCACUGUAGGCGUCGACAAGUUACCGCUACAACAAGACCCAAGUAGGGUUAUCCGGGGUAUCACGACAAACUACCUCUAUACCCUCGGAAACGCCCUCAAUGGCGAUGCUUCACAACCAGAUGUUGGCCCCGACGCUCCUUCAUAUGCCUUGUCCGGCCCUGGAGAUACUCUCAAGGGCCACAAGGUGUUUGCAUGUAUUCGUCGUUCAAACUUCAAACUCCCGACAUUGAGUUCGACACCCAUCAUCUUGAUCGGCGCUGGAACAGGUCUCGCUCCGUUUCGUGGUUUUAUCCUCGAGAGAGCUCGUCUCCAAGCUGUCGGGAAGCCCAUCGGAAAGAUGCUUUUAUUUUUCGGGUGCCGCUCCCCCAACGAAGAUUAUCUCUACCGCGAUGAACUCGUCGAAGUUGCCCAAAAGCUACAGGGUUGCCUUGAAAUUGUGACUGCUUUCUCGCGAGCUGAAGGGGAGCCUAAGAAGUACGUUCAAGACAGAGUGGAAGAGAGAAAGAGCCAAGUGUGUGAACUCUUGCAGGAGGGUGCUAGUAUUUACUUUUGUGGUCGUGCGGCUAUGGCGAGGGUUACUGGGAAUUUAGUAGAGGAGUCGAUGAAGACGCAGAAUAAUUGGACUAGUGAUGAGGCUCGAAGUUGGACUGAGUCGACGAAGAAGGGAAACAAGUGGCUUGAAGAUGUUUGGGGCUAA